AUGGCGGUGAGUGACAAGAAGUUUAAUGAGAUGAUGACACACAACAAAAUGCUUGAGACCCAAAUCACUCAAUUAGCCAAUACCUUAAAAGAUUAUGCUAGCCCUUCUACAUUACCUUUUCUAGGAGUUGAUCCUAAGAAACCCGUUUAUUCUAUUACCACAAGGAGUGGGAGAGUUCUUGAAGAGAAAUUUUCUAGGAUGAGUGAGGAGGAUGAGAAGAGGAGUGACUCAAGUGAGAAAAAUGAGAACAAUGUGUCAAAGAGUGUGAGCGAAGAGGAAGUUCAAGAAUUGAGUGAGAGUUCUAAUGAGGAGACAAAGGAGAAAGAGAGGAAGAAAUAUGAGGAUUUCAAACCAAAACUUCCAUACCCCCAAAAGUUAAUAGGUACAAAUUGGAUGAACAAUUUGGAAAAUUUGUCGAGAUGCUUAGGAAAAUUCAUCUUUCUAUUCCUUUCACUGAUGUUUUGGGGCAAAUGCCAAACUAUUCUAAAUUUCUUAAGGAAAAUCUUGAACGAUAAGAGAGAUUGCAAUGUGGUUGAACCAGUGAGUUUGGGGGAAUGUUGUAGUGCCCUUAUCCAUAAUGACUUACCCCAAAAAUUGAAAGACCCUGGGAAUUUCUUCAUUCCUUGCAAUAUUAAUGUGAAAUUGUUUCAAAAUGCCCUUUGUGAUCUUGGUGCUAGUGUUAGCAUCAUUCCUUAUUCCCUUUUCAAGAAACUUAAGUUAGAGAUUGUGGAAGAUGACAACAUUCCUAUAAUUCUAGGGAGGCCAUUCUUAGCAACUUCGGGUGCUUUGAUAGAUGUGAAAGGUGGCAUGAUUACCUUGUGUGUUGAUAAUGAUAACUCAAGUUUUAAGCUCAAGUCGAUGCAUUAG